AUGACAUCGUCCUCUUCUGCUGUUGUCCAAAUCCUCCAGCGAAUGGUCACUCCUGCAGGGGCUAGCUCUCAAGCAUCUAACAGUCGCAAGACAACUUCUAUCGUAAAGCAGGCUCAUAAUGAGGCGAAUAAAGGGUUACUCUCAGCCUCAAAAGCUUCAAAGCGAAAGCGAGGAGCCUCAACUGUUGAUGUUGGAUAUAUCUAUGUCAAUCCCCAUGGAGUUACCAUGAAUGGCGAUGUCAUCUCUGGCCUUGUAAAACCCUCUCCUCACAGCGUGCAAGAUGGGAUAAUGUAG